AUGUUCUCCCUCUCCGCGAUCCCAGUCUCUGCACUCCUCGCUUUGCUGCCGUAUGUUUCGGCUCAAGCGCCGGUAUGGGGACAAUGCGGUGGUCAAGGAUGGACUGGGCCGACGACUUGCGCUUCAGGAUCCGUGUGCACUUUCUCUAAUCAAUGGUAUAGCCAGUGCCUUCCGGGAUCAGCACCGACAACGGCUGUGGUAACCCAGCCAGCAACAACAACCACGUCUGGUUCGGCCCCCACGACGACAGCUGCUAGCAAGGCCAAUUAUUGGUUCAGCUUCGGUGAUUCCUACACGCAAACUGGUUUCACCCCCAGUGGCGCGCUUCCUAACUCCGUGAACCCAUUUGGCAAUCCCGACUUUCCUGGAUGGACCGCCACGGGAGGCACCAAUUGGGUAGGAUACGUCACGACAACGUACAACAACUCUUUACUUUACACCUACAACUACGCCUAUGGCGGAGCCACCAUCGACGCGAACCUCGUCAAGCCAUACACGCCGACAGUCCUUUCGCUCACGGACCAGGUUAGCCAAUUCUUGACCACUGUCGCCAACAAGCCUGCGUCUACGCCUUGGACCAGCAGCAACGCGUUGUUCUCGAUCUGGAUCGGAAUAAACGACAUUGGGAACAGCUGGUACCUCAGUGGCGACCGUGGAGCAUUCUCGGAUACUCUCCUCAAUGCCGAGUUCGCUCUGGUCCAGAAAUUGUACGACGUCGGUGCUCGAAACUUCCUCUUCGUUAACGUUCCGCCCAUCGAGAGGUCGCCCUUGAUGCUUAGAGAAUCCACCGAAUCUCAGGCAGGAGAGAGAGCAGUCAUUACGGGCUUUAACAGCCGUCUGGUCGCAAAAGCAAAUGCGUUCGCUGCAGCCAACUCCGGGGUCAAGACAUUCUUCUGGGACAGUCACGCUCAGUUUACGACUAUCUUGAACUCACCACAGACCUACGGGUUCAAGGACGCAACCUCGUACGGAUCCGGCUCAGAUAUCUUCUGGGGAAACGACUACCACCCGAGCAGCUUUGCCCACAAGUUUUUCGGGCAAGAGGUCGGCGAAAACGCUCUCAAAGGUACCAUCUGGUGA